UCUUAUAAUUGCAAAUGGCGGUCGCGUGACGGAUGAUAGUUUGCCGUCAAAAUGUAUACGCGAUAUCUUAAUAAGUUCAAAGGUUUUUAAAGUGGCGACUCUAAAACAACAAAUAAUGUGUAAUGAGUUUUCUUCCAAUUGGUUUUUCAUUUUUGAGUGUCGGCGCGACUGAGACCGAGGGAGGAAAGCUGGGACCCGACGGAAAAAUAUGAACAAUUUGUGCUCUUAAAAAUUAUUGAUUUUUCAUCGUUAAAAAAACAUCAGACGCCGCUAAUUGCAUACGUGAUGUAGUGUCGCGCGGCGGCUCUUAUGUAUUAAACAUAAUCGAGUUCCAGUAUUUUACAUAUAAAUUAUAUACAGUCUAGUCUAAAAGUUUCUUAUAUAACCAAACAAGUAUUGCUUGUACUUAAUAUUUUCUACUUAAUAAAACUGUGAUAAUAAGUGGCGGAACAAUGUGGUUUUGUUCUAAAUGAACUUGUGCAAUUUUUAUAAAAAUAUCAGUGCAAUUUAUAAUAAGGACUGAAAUAUAAUCGGCCAAAGAUAUCUUAAGUAUUAUGUUUUUAUAAAUUUUAAUAUAAUCUGUGGUUGACUGACUGGCCGGCAAGAUGGCGUUGCCACCGCAACAAUUUUGUGUGCGAUGGAACUCCUAUCAUACCAAUUUACAGUCGGUAUUCCCCCGAUUGUUGCUGACGGAGCAGUUCGCUGAUGUGACGCUGGCAUGCGAGUCGCGUCAGCUGCGCUGUCACAAGCUAGUGCUGUCCGCCUGCAGCGCUUACCUCGAGCGCCUCCUGCUGCAGAACCCAUGCAAGCACCCCAUUGUUCUCAUGCGGGAUAUGAGGUUCAGUGAGAUGCAAGCUCUGGUAGACUUCAUGUACAAAGGUGAGGUGAACGUCACACAAGAGGAACUGCCCAGCUUGCUCAAGUCUGCAGAAGCGCUGCAGAUCAGAGGAUUGUGUUCGAGUGACACAAGCGGCUUGACGUCAGAGACGAGCUCCGGCACAGAGAGCAAAGACUUCACGGUAGCGAGCGAGGCGCUCGUCGCCAACGCCCAUAGAGAAACUACCACUAAUGGUCCAACAAACCAGCACCCGAAGCCGGCCAACGUGAAUGUGACAACAAACGGCACUAAGAAAAGGAAGUCAGAAGACAGGGAGAGGAAUCCCGAGGUGAAGGAGGAGACGGUGGAAGAAGACGGACUUUAUUAUGGCGAACUGGACAACGAGAAUAUGGAAUUUAACGAGGAAGAAGAACCCGGAAAAGCAGGCAGCAGUUUGGGGCAAACGUCAGGAAGCCAAUAUAUACGAGUGAAGCCUGAAAGUGAAUUAUUGUUUCGUACAAAAUUACAAAACUUAACAAAAACUAAAUCGGACUACAUAAGUAGACUUUCUAAAAUGAACGCGACUGAAAUGCAAAAUGAAUUUUCUAAAUAUGGCCUUGAAACAAAUAUGGCGUCCGAAGAUGCGUAUGUACAAAAAAACGCCGAAAAUGAUUACUACAAAUCUUGGUUAGAACAAAACGGUGAACUCGAAGUAUCACUUUUAAAAGCGAAUCAAAUAAAAAAAACCAAAACAGAUAUAAAAAAUCAAAAAUCCGAAGUGGAACUUAUUCCAAAACCGAAAACCGUUAAUAAAGAUUACCCGAAAUCUGGGGAGAAACCGCAGAUACGUAGACGUGGUCGACCACCAAUUUUCAAAGAUAAAAACAUGGAUAUUGGUGAUACUGUGUUAAAAUCUGAUUUGGAUCAAUUUUUGGAAGGUAAAGAAGUUAGCUCAUCUGGAUUGUCUCGUAAGGAUUUAGAAAGAGUCAUGAUGGGUAAAUUCAACCCUAACAGAAGAUACUCCAAUGAAGCUAUGUGGGCAGCUCUAAUGGAUGUUAAGAAAGGUGGAAGUAUUUAUAGAGCUGCCCAAACACACAAAGUGCCUCGCAAAUCUCUACGUAACUGGAUGAAGCGUUGCCACAUUAAAUCCUCAUUCCCAAUGCCGCAGCAAUUGAAACAAUUCGUUGAGAAUAGCAAAAAACAAAGAGAAUAUAAAACAUUUGAUGGAUAUCCAAAUGCUGGUGAUAAUCAAAGUUAUGGUGAAAAAACUAAUGAAGAACCAUUUGAUAAUGAAAUAGAUUUUGGUAAACAUUUCUUAACCUUCACGGGCAAUGUUUCAAGCGAGGAUGAGACAAAAGUUGAAAAACCUACCGAAACGGUAGAAAAUAGUGAAGAUGGCAACACUGCUCUUGAUAUGUCACUACAUGAAUAGUUCGCUUUUCAAAUACAGUUUUUAUUCAAAAAAAAUGUUUUGCCCCAGUUUAGAAAAUUUGCCAAAGAAUUAGCAAAGUUGUGGAGGAAUUUUUCUUUCAUCAACUUUAAUAUAAUUUUCCACUAUCAGAGUCUAGGUUACAUAAUCAGUCGCAUAGUGAUUUAUUAUACAAAAUCUAAGGGUGUUCCUUAGUGGCCACUCUGCGGCAGUAUGACCAAAGUUGUAAAAAAGUGACUUAUUUGACACAAUGUGUGAAACUAUUUGGACUUACCUUACCGUCUUAUUAUUCUAUCUAAUUUUAGUAAAUAUACUAAGAAGGUUAAUUACUAAAGAUUUUAAUACAAAAAUAGUAAUUAUUUUAACAAAAAUUCUUUAUUUAUUUUAGAUUUCCUAUUUUAUCUUGCAAUAUUACAUCCAAAGAUACUUUGUUUUUAUCGUUUAUAGUAAGACACCUCGAAUGUUUUUUUUUGUUUUAAAAAGCGGUUCUUAGUAAAUAUUGGUAAUACCAGUGCAAUAAAUUAUUACCAAUUUGGUAGCUUUUAUGUUACAUUCGAGGGGAUAUGUUAUUUUUAUUUAUUUUUACCUACCGUUUUAUUUGUUAAAUGAUUAUAGAAUAUUAUAUAAAAUAUAAUGAAUGCUUGAAAUAUUGGCCUUUUAUAUGUCUUGUCGUACGUUUUCACUGACGAAAAAUAACAAAAACAUAUUGUCAUGACCGACAAAGUUAUCCCACCCGAUAUAUGUCAAACUAAAUUAUGAUAGCCCACUGUCCCCUCCGAUUUUCUCUCUCUCUUGUCCUACUGUAGCUUUCUUGUCUCUUUCUCUUGUUAUGACAUGACAAUAUGUUUUUGUAAAGAUUUCUGCAGUGUAAACGCACGGUUAUGUUCGUAAGGACAACGUCCAAAGAUAAAGAAAAGACUUGAAAAUGAAAUUUUAGCUAUAAAUAUUAAAGAUGACAAUCUAUGGAGAAAAAAAAAUGACGGGAGACUUAAAUAGCUAAAAAAAACGACUGUCAUCGUAACUUUUCGAUACUUAUAAUUGCUUAAAAAUAGUGAUAAUUUAUUAAUGUUUUUAAGGUUUACGUACUUAAUUAGCUGAUUGAAUCCCCCCUUAGCUCCAUCGAAAGUUGUUUUAGAAAUUGUAUAUUUUAAGUUUGCUUUAAUUAGGCCGAUAUGAGCGAUCGUCGGAUCUUGUCGGGACUUGUCGGAACUUAUCGGAGUGUCUCAACCAUUGACCUUUAUAAAUGGAUUGGCUAUAUAAUGUAGUAUUUUGUGCCUAUUCGAUUUCCGCCAUUUUGGCGCUUAUAGUAAGGGUUUGUAGCGGUGGUGUGGAUUUGAACUUAUAAUAUUAUUAGUAAUUGCCUAUACAUUUAUAGAGAUCUGUGGUAUCAAGUAAUAUUGAAAAUUUGAAUAUCGGUGGAAACCAAAUAAUUCAACUCGAUAUUGAAAUUUGAAUUAAUUCUAAGUUUUACGUAUAAUAGCAGAUCCGUCGAUCGCUGUAUUACAUAGGCUUUUAACUACGUGUGUUGUUCCUAAGAUUAUUUCAAAGCGAUAGCAUGCCUUCGAGGCAUAGGUUUAUCUUAAUCUUCAUGAGCGAGCAUUUGACCUGAUCGUUGUGGCAUAUUUGUAAGAGAAAGCAGUGUUCACCCGUCGUCCACUCGUGUUCGUCGCGUGGUCGCGACGGAGUGUUGCCAGUGUGUACCGUAGGGACCGAAGAGCAAUUGGAGACUGAAAAUAUAAGAUCGUUGAUAAUUGUUGCCAAUUGAAUAAAUUUUGUAAUAUAUUUAUAUGAUAAAUAUUUAAUUUAACGUAACUGGUAGUGUACUAUAGUACUGCUGCGGUAGGGUAAUAAGAUGACGGCAAACGUAGUUACAAAAAAAAAUAAUUGGCAUUGGAUUUUUAGUUACAAAAAAAAAUUAC